AUGACUAGUGGUCUCACACAAGGAUCGAUAUUGGGGCCUCAAGUGUUCACUGUAUUUAUUAUCAAAUCUGAUGAUGGGAUGAAAAGCCACGUACCCAAAUUUGCUGAUGAUACAAAGAUGAAUGCUAUUGUAAACAGUAUAGAUGGAAGCUGGCUUAAAGUUUGUGCUGAUCUAAUUCGUGGUGCCAAAGAGAAGAAUCUGAAGGUCAAGGGACCUGUUCGCAUGCCCACCAAGACUCUGCGUAUCACAACAAGAAAGACUCCAUGUGAUGAAGGUUCCAAAACCUGGGAUCGCUUCCAAAUGAGGAUCCACAAACGUCUAAUUGAUUUACACAGUCCAUCUGAAAUUGUGAAACAGAUCACCUCCAUCAGUAUCGAACCUGGUGUUGAAGUGGAGGUUACAAUUGCCGAUGCUUAAAUGUCUAUGGAAAUAAGUACAA